CGCAACUGCGACAGCCAUCUUGACCUCAUUUGCAACUCAUCACUCCGGCCUCCAACCUUGGUCACAAUCCGUCCCCAUCAUCCUUAGGCUGCGGAAGCUUUCAAACUACUGUCCUUGGAUCCCAUUCUCCACGGUUCGCCUCACGCUCUGGGACCUUGACCUGUUCGAGUCCUCAUCUGGUCUUCCGACAGGCCACCAUGGCCGACGUCUCUUCCACGCGGCUCUAUCUGGGCAACCUUCCGCGAAACAGUAUGCUCACCUUCAUCCACUGCGCUCCUUUGGUUUCCCGGGAUGAUGUUGCACCUUGAAAGGAUUAUCUGUACCAUGAUACUGGGAUGCGCUUCCCACUGCUCUGUCGGGAUACCACCAGUCGCUGACUAUCCUUACCGUUCCAGUCACAAAACAGGACAUCGAGGAGCACUUUGGAACUCAUGGCGCUGGCUCCAUCAAAGAGAUCAAACUCAUGAAUGGCUUUGGCUUCAUCGAGUAUGAAGAUGCCAUGGACGCUCGUGAUGUCGUACCAGCUUUCCGUACGAGGAACCCACUCCUUCUCCCUUCUCCCGUCGACUGCUGUGAUCUGACCUAAAAAAUAGAUGGAACGGAAUUCAAGGGCGAACGACUCACUGUCCAAUUUGCCCGUGGCCCUCGCCGCAAGGAUGAUUUUUCUGGCCCUCCCGAUCGCAACGUACCACGACCACGUCGUACUGUCUACCGUAUGCAGAUCACAGGCUUGCAGCCAGACACCAGUUGGCAGGUUAGACAGCCCAUUCUACCAUACCCCCGGAUACUUUACAUUGUUUUGAGGGUCUUCCGGGGAUCGGGAAAUCCGUGGUCGGCGCCUUUCCUUUCUACGCGUUUUGGUAUCAUCUCGUAUUCCAUUGGACUGAUUCUGCGCAUUCAUGGCACACGGCGUCGUUUAUUUGUUCCCGCCACUUGGAUUUACUCAACUUUAUCUCAUUUGUUUCUUGGACAUGUUCUCACCUGUGCUUCAGGAUCUCAAAGACUUUGCCAGAAAUUCGGGUCAGCUUGACGUUGUCUACUCCGAAACUGGUCGCGAGCGCGAUGGUAAAGGUUUUGUCGAGUUCGAAACUCAAGCCGACCUCAAGACUGCCGUGGAGAAGCUAGAUGGACAAACGUUCAAAGGCGCAACAGUCCACUGUAUUGCUGAUAUUCAAGACGAACGUCCUGAUGCUCGAAGCUAUCGACAAAGAUCUCCACCUCGAGGUCGACAUCCCACAGAUGACUACUAUGACCGUCGAGGACCACCUCCGCGCGGCUGGAGUCCACGAGGCUAUCGCGAGCGCUCGCCAGGACGCCGACCUCCCAUGGAUGACUAUUACGACCGUGGUUAUGGAAGACGAACCCCACCAAGAGAUUAUGGCCCGCCACCUCCAAGACGAUACGAUGCUGAUCCGUACGACGCUCGCGGACCUCCACCGCCACCGCCAGCUAGAGGCUACGGUGACCCCUAUGCGCGGAAUGGAGAUCCCUACGCCCGCCCAAGGAGCCCUCCUCGAGGCUAUGGCUAUGGUGGAGGCUAUGGAGGCUAUGACGACCGCCGAUACUAGUGAAUCCAAAGGGUCCUUACCUCUCAAUUGCGAAUGGUACGGGCUUAUGAUGUUGACGGGCAUCCGCCCAGUUCCAAAAGUCGGGAUGUUGCUCUCGAAUUGUUCCCGUCCCGGCCAGAUUGUCCUGGGCAUUCAGGGGAACCCCUUGCGGUAUUUUGUUUGAGCAGAGGACCGACAAUACCAAGGUCUUUUAUCAUGGAGUCACCUGCGACAACGGAUUGGUUCGGCUCCAGUUUGUGGACUUUCUCUGUACCUGUAGUGGACAUUUCUUCUGGUCACGGAUCGAAAAUCAAGCUUCAACGUAUACGCACGCUCAUGAUUGUCGAAUGGAUUUUGUACAAUGAUUGACGGCCUGGAUCUCUCUAUUGGGGCCAAUAAAAGGACCAAGCAUUUACAUCCCAUCUUCUUGGCUGGCUUACUCGCAUGGCAUCUGCCUAUAUAUCUUGGAAAACGGGCUUCCAUCUCUCCCCUGGUCCCGUGUGAAAUUGAAAUCAGCAGACUACCGAAAGGCUUGUGGCGACUCCUCCAAUCCAUAAAGGCGGGUAUUUCCCCUUUCCCAAAUCCGUUCAUCCCAGGCCGCUGGCCGUGGCUUGACUGCAUCUGAAAUGCCGCUGG